GCAGUGUGCUGGUAGUGUUGUUGCGACGAACUGAACAUCGGAGUACCUGGAUCAAUGGAGCUGCUGGUGAAGAACGAAGAGAACGUUGCCGUUGACUGGUCAAAUGUUUUGAUAUCCACCGAGCCUGAACUACUGAAUUUAGAAAACGUGAAAAACAUUGUAUAUCAAGACGAAGGACCCGAGGCAAAGCUCAUUGGCUACAGUAUCCAGCCGUAUUCAGACGAGAAACUGGGAUUUCUAGCGUCGCACAAACAACUGAGAGUCACGAUUCUCAAGCCAAACUCGUCAAUCGAGGAAACAAAGUUAUACUUUGUCAAAGCUGUCCCCAACGAAGUACCAACCCAAGCAGAAUACGUCAGUGAGACAAAGAUAUUUAUAAAAGAAGUGUUAUUCUUCAACUACAUUGUUCCGGAGCUUGAUAAAUUUUACCCUGGUGAAAGAUGGGCUCCAAAAUGUUACCUUGCUCACAACGAAGUGAUCGUGUUAGAAGAAUUACAAUCACGCGGAUUUUCUAUGCGUGAAAAACUAUUCGACGAAGAAUCAAUAAACGCGGCAUUAUCCGCACUGGCAAGAAUGCAUGCAGCGUCAUUGGGAGCAGAGGCUCGUCUUGGUAAACCUUUAAUAGAAAUUUUCCCUGAGGCUUUCCAAGAAACUGGGAUCCAAGAGUACGGAAAGCAACUCAUGUGGUUCAAAGCAGGUGUUAAAGUAGCAGUUGCGGUUGCCGAACAGCUGGGAUUAGAUGCAAGUCAGAUACCAGAAGCUUGCCAAGAAGUAUUCGAAGCAAACAAGCCGUCACGUUCCCUGCAAAAUGUAGUGAGCCACUCAGAUCCUUGGUCCAACAACUUUAUGUUCAACAAAGACAAGCCGCCACUUUGCUACGUCGUAGACUUUCAGUUGGUCAGAUACUCACCACCGGGUUACGACAUUGCCAUGCUGCUCUACCUGACAGCGUCACAAAAAUUGAGAGAGGUACGAGGAGAGGCGAUGGUGAGCCAUUACUAUUCGACGCUUUGUGAAACUCUGGCCAUGUACGACCCUCCCAUAGAACCGCCAUCCUUUUCAGACAUCGUAAAAGGUAUGGAAGAACAAAAACUGGGUGCCUUGGUCACAGCCAUGAUCUACCUACCGACCGUAUUGUUGGACGGAGCCCUUGGCGCUACAGUUAUGAAUAACCCAGUGACGUACGCCAAAUACGUUUACAACGAUAGACGAGACGUUGUACUUUCCAACAUGAAACGUGACACAAUGUACGAUUCAAGAAUCAAAGAGGUUGUAACGGAGCUCCACGAAUUUUCAAAACGUCUUCACAACCUGCCCAUGCCUUGUUGAUAGCUAUACUAGUAAUUUAUUAAUCAAUUGCACACUCACCAGAUCCUAAGCUAGUUUGACAUUGUGAUUUCGCUCAUCUCUCUCAUCUACCAACAUUUAUCUGUAUAGCUGAACUAGGAUUUUAAAAUAAAAUUAGUUGUUUUUAGGGGAUCUGAAAAAAAGAACAAAAAAUUACUACAUGUAAUAUCUGUACACUGCAUGGAAUAAAGAAUGAAUUGUAAUCACUA